GAUCGUCAGAAGCAACGCUGUGAAAUCCGACGCCCUGUUCAGAGACCCUUGGACCACCGGAACAUUGAUGACCUGCCACGUUUCGCUUCCUUCCCAGCAUUGGCGAAGGACAGAAGAUGCCUUGCCGUUUGCUUGGAUGAGCCGCGCAGCAUCCACGUGCGCUAUGCCGCCGGCCGCACUGCA